AAGCUCAAAGGGGGGCGAAGGCCCCUGCACCAUCCUGCCCCUGUAGCCUUAGGGCGGUCUCAAGGUGGCAGGAGGCGCAAUGCGAUUAAUGAAGGCCAUUUUGGCAUGCGUUCUUCCGGCUUGGGCUGCCAAACUCCCCAGGAGUGAUGAAGUUAAGGCAGUGUUGGUCAACUUGCAGACUGGGUCGGCAGGGUCCAGCUGCCCGGAAAACCAGUUCCCUGUGGUCAACCUCACUGUUGAGGGAAUCGGAUAUCACGAAGAUGUGCUUCCUGGAGCCCAAACCCAGAAGUUGCAAGAACAUUUAGCUGGUCAUCCGGAUUGGAGCAUUGGAAAGCCUUGGGUCCUGAGCCUUACGGCCGAAUCCUCGGACAUCAAGGAUCGAGAAUUUGGCUUCGCGGGUGGCGAAGGCUUUAUGGUCUUUAAGGUCCCAAGGGCUGGCCGGAAGAACAUUGUGGUCACCGGCAGCGUGGAGAGCCUGGCGGAACAUACGCGGUUGGAAUAUCGAGGCAACGAAGUGAUCACCGCACCAGGCGCCAUCAUCUUCACCAACGUUUGCCUCCGACCGAUGACUUGUGAGCACUUCCUCACCCAGAAUCCAAGCAUGUGCAAGGAUGGCCUUUGGAGUCCUAAGCCUCAUCCCGAGAAGGUCACAGGCCACACCAGGAACACCUGCUGCCAAAAGAUCCGUUGUGAGGAUGCUGCGCCCUGCGUUCCUCAGACCAAGUACGACAAGAGGCCGGACUACAGCAAAACCUUCGGCAGCAAGCCAGACCAAUGCUGCCUUCCCAAGCUGUGCACGGGUAGCGUUUGCAACUCCAGCGGAUGGGAACCAAAACCCGGUUUUCACAUUUUGGGCAGCACGUUGAGCGAGUGCUGCACACCACGUGACUGUGAUGAUUACACUUGCAGUGCGAGAAGCGUCAAAAAGCCGAAAAGGUAUGAUGUGCAGGGACAAGCAAUUCUACAACAAGGCAGUACGGACGAGGAAUGCUGUGAUCCCAUCUCAUGUUCGCAUGUGAAGUGCGAUGCGACCGAUGAGUGGGCAAGGAAUAGAAGUGCCACUGUUGGCAGCAGUUUGGAGGAUUGCUGUAUUCCCUUGUAUUGUGCGAAGCACACCUGCGAGCCGGCCUCGCAAUGGGAAAAAAAUCCACAUGCAAUUUUGGGUAGCAGCAAUCCAAGCUGUUGCAAACCCAAGCUUUGCAAGGAUUUUAAGUGUGAGGAAGGUUUUGCCUUGAGGGCUGGCGCGGUCUUUGGCCAAAAGCAGCUCAGAGGCAGCUCUUCAGAAGAGUGUUGCGAGAAGAAACUCUGCAAGAACUGGAAAUGCAGUGAUCCCAGCAAGUGGAUUCAAAAGGCGGAUGAGACGAGUCAGGAUAUCGCAAGGCAUGGGUGGAGCGACGAGGAGUGCUGUACACCGAUCUCAUGCAGCAGUGUUGACUGUGUACCUGAGUCCUUGUGGAGUCCCAGAUGCCUGGUGGCUUUAACGCUUUGAGACAUGCCUGCUUUGCUAGCUUCAAUGCCCCUUGCUACAAGAGCGCCUGUCUAUCCUUUUCGUUUUAAUUAGCAGACCCGUGGCCGUGGCGGAGCUUGGCGAGCAUUAGCACCAGGGCAAAUGCGAGGCCAUCUCAUUUAGUCUACCCCUGCUGGUGUGCCUCAGCGAAUGGCUCUGCAAGGAGGAAUUGCUACUAGGAGCAAGGACGCUACUAGGGGCUCCUGGCAUCGCUACUAGCAACAAGAAGCUAAGGAGGAAUUGCUGAGCAAAUCAUGUGGCCCACUGACUUGUGUUUGAAGAGAAACCGGCCUGUGAAAGUCAAACCUCCCUCCACACUCUUGAAGGGUGUUGUUGGACUUUUCUAUAACCCUGCUCAUUAGAGUAAAUCCAAAUGAUAUACUUGGUCCUACUCGCUGCUGUGCUGCUUUGGCAGGCGCAAAAUUCUUGAAUGGACACGUGGAAAAAGGAC